AUGUCCAGUGCGCCCAAUGUGAAUGUGCAUAGGUGCAAUUAUUUUGUGCUCCACAAGAGGCGCAAUUAUUCUGAGCUCUACUGGGGCGCAAUUAUUUCAAGCUCCAUGAGGGGUGAAAAUCUUGUGCUCUACAGACACAAUUAUUUUGAGCUGUGGAACCAAAGGGCUGAUCAGGACUUCUCGACGAAGGUUUUAUCCUGUGACCCAGGAACUGGGGCGCAGUCACCUGGCGCAGGACUCUUGUAUCCUGGAGGGGAGGCGUAUGGCUGCCUAGCCGUACAGAAAGGGUGUGACUCCAUCAGGAAAAUCACAAAUCUGUGGCAGGUCGUGAUUGCGUGGCGGAGUGUGGCUGGAACGUGCCACGUCGACCAGAUGGUGAUGACGCCUGUCGUCGUCACUCUCCAUGUUACUCGAGAACAGAUGAAUGAUGGCAAACGACAGACAACCAGCGCAACACCCAGGGCCCUCCAGAACAUCGUCUGUGACAACAUGACCCAAGACCCACUCCCCAAGGAUGCUUCUUCCAUCAAGCUGGCUGAUAUCAUGACACCCUCGAAUGGAAACAGAUUGCAACGAGCCAAGGUGCGCCUUUUCCAUAUCACCAUUAUCCAUCUCGUUCCUGACCUCAACCUGGACCUCAUCCAUGUUAGGGAGGAGGGCCGCAUUAAGGAUGAUUGUAAUAAUAAAGAUGAUCUUUCUUUUGGCAAUGGGCAGUGUGGUGCAAUAAUUCAGAAGUUGGGUUAUAAUGUCCCCAUCAUUGUUUGUGAGAGUGUGGCUGAGCGUGGUUUGAAUGAGAAGUGUGGUGCCACACGUGAUGUGAUUUUCCUGAUGUCCGUCCACAUGUAA